AUGGGUAUUGUAGGGCAGCAGCAUCUCGAAUUGGAAGACGAUGACGAUGACAGAAGUGAACCGGUGAUCGGAGAGAGAGAGAGAGAGAGGAUGGGAACGAGACAAGUGUACGAAGAGAAGCUGAGGCGCGGGAAUCUCGAUUAUGAUCCGACCAUGAAUCCUGGUCUUGGCUCAGCUCGGUGUCCGCGUUGCCUUUCUCUAUUAAACCCUAAUCCAGAGAAAGGAGAGUGGGCGGUAACUUCCGUUUUGCACGAUGCUGCUGCAGUGGCUGGUUCUGGUAUUGGUGGCUUGCUUAGUGCCGUCCAUGCUUUCAACACAGGGAUCCCAUAUCUUCAAAAUCGGUUUCCAGGGUCAAAGCGGCUCUCUUUUCUUGUUGGGGUUCCUUUGCUGCUAGGAUACUCAGGCGUAGGGGCUGCCUUUGGAGGUAGCAUGGUCUUCUUUCCCUCAAUUUUGUAUAUAUCUUUGCGUGUUAGUGGGUAUGUUAGUAGCAUUCUUGCACGUAGGCUUUUGUUUUAUGUAUUACUCAGUACAUAUUAUAUGUCUAUGCACACAUGUGUCUGUUUUUCUUUAAAGAAAACACCUGAAGUUUUGCUCGUGUUCAAUGGUUUGGUAGGUUAUGCACUCCCGAAGUUUGCUCAGCUGACAGUUACCUCGUACUAUGCAUCUUCAAGUGCUUCACAUUAUGGGAUCUCUCUGCUCACCCGCUAUAUCGAGGAAGCUCAUCUCUCUCGAACUCAGAAAGAAGAGGUCAAAUGA